AUGGACGUCAAGCCAACCAUUGAUAGUAAACCGGAUAUCAAGGGCAGCGAUGAUCCGCCUGCCACUCAGAUACCGCAAGGCAAAGUGCAAGUGCUAGUACAGCUCGGUGAACAACAAUUCCGUUAUGCAGUUAAGCCUACGACACCGUUCAAGAAAAUAUUUGACGCGACGGAGAAACAAGUGGGCGCUACUCCAGGAACGUUGCGUUUCCACCAUGGCGGCGCUCGUAUAAGAAAUGACGACACACUUGUAUCGAUCGACGCUGAUUUGGAUGAUGACAUCGAGAUAUCGGCCAGCGUUGAGCAGAUUGGUGGCGCUCUGAAUGGUUUUGGCGCGUUUGCCCUUUGA